GCGAGCGAGAGAGAGCGAGAGAGAGAGCGAGAGAGCUUGAGAAACCAGUGGGAAGUGCUGUCAGAGAGAUAUCGGCAUUCCUGAGGAGCUUUUAAAACUGAUACGCUCACUGUGUCAUCCAAACAAAAGACCUGCACAUCUGUUCCACAAUCUCAAAGGAAUUGCGUUUAUCUUCUCAAAGGAACUCGUGGAUAUUUCUCAUUGUAUGUGGAAGUAGCAGUCACAGAAAGGAGCAAUUUUAUGUUUUAAGAGAAUCCAGACGUUACCAUGCACUGCUGAUGUGAGCUCUCCUUUUGUUUCUGUGUCUCUGAUGGAGCUAAAGGUGUGGGUGGAUGGAGUGGUACGAGUGGUUUGUGGCUUAUCAGAGGAGACAUCUUGCCAGGACGUGGUCAUUGCACUUGCCCAAGCCAUUGGCCAAACGGGUCGUUACGUUCUCAUUCAAAGGCUGAGGGACACUGAGCGCCAACUUCUGGCCAAUGAGCGUCCACUGGAGUCCCUAGCCAAACUUGGCCAGCACAGCAACGAGGUGCAAUUCUUCCUGCGGCGGACGGGCCCAAGCAGCAGUGAAGAAAAAAAUCUGCACAACCACACCCUCCCGCUCAAGCCCUCUACACCUGAACCCAAAAGAGAAUUGCCUAAAAAUUCCUUAACCUUCAACCUAGGCCCUUCCAGUUCUCCUCAUACGAAAUCUAAGGACUCUCGCAAAACACCCUCUCCUGAGCAAAGGGCAUCCCCAAUUCCUCACGGCACAUACCUGCCCGGGCUGUCCAAAGAGGAGCUGUUGCGGCAUGUUCUCCAUCAGCAGGAGCAGCUACGUGGUUUGGAGUCCCAGCUGGUGACCCUAGGGAGGGAAUGCAAGACUUUGGAACAGUUGCCUACUAACAAGUCAUCUCUGCAUGCAGAAAUGGAUGUUCUGGAGAAGGCACUAUGGAAGAACCAGCAAGAGCUGGUGAAUGAGGAGUUCUGGGAAGAGGAGCUAAGGGUGGAGUCCGAGCGGGAGAGGGGGAUGAAGCGAAGGUUAGGAAAGCUGCACACUAAACUAGAUGAUUGCGGACAAAAGAUGCACGAAUUCCACACUCGUGCCAUGCAACUUGAGAAGGAUCUUCAGAAGGAAAGUCUGGAGGUGAAAAUAAUACCCAGCCAAGCUGAUCCAAAAGACUCAUUGUUGGUAGUCAAGGCAGAUCUUCAGAGUAGACAAAAACACAGGGAGGAGUUGGAGGCAGAACUUGUAGAACUCGAGAAGGCUCUGGGGAGGGUGGAGACUCUGCUGAAGGCUAAGCAGGAGGAAGUGGACGAGUUGAAUAAGGAGCUAAGGCAGUGUAAUUUGCAGCAGUUUAUCCAGCAAGCUGGAGCCCUGCCGACACACACUCAACUUUGUACAGACCCCAGUGAACAUUCAGAACAACUGGAUCUGAUUCAACAACUGCUGGACAAACACAGAGACAAUGACUCACCCCCACGUCCCACCGCCAAGCAGUUCCUGGGUCACCCGCGCAACCUGCAGCAUCCCCUGGUGUCCAGCCUGAACCCUGAGGUCCUGACAUCCAGGGAUUCGUCUUGGCAGUAAAAACCUGCAGCACAGGGCUGAGGAUUUGUUAUGACUUUCUUCUGUAUUCUUCAAAACCUAUGUCUUAAUUAACUGCCGCCAAUACUGUAUAUAUGAAUUAUAUGUUUACUACUUUUUGGUACAUUUCAAAACAUGUAUUUACUGUAAAAUAUUACUGUAAGAUUUUAUCUCAAGAACUUUUACUAUUGUCUAAGAACAAUAAAGACUUGUGGCUUUGAUCAAUCAGGCUUUUCUACUCUUUAAAUGAGACUCUGCUCACUGGCUUUGAACUUGUGCUGUUUCUUUUGUAACUAAUGUGUUUUUGAAUUAACCAUUCACUUCCAUUAUUUCAGCUAUGCAGUGAGAAACAGUGAUUGAAUAAAUUGCCCAUUACAGAAAAGACAGUCAUUUGUCUCCAUGUUACACACAGAAGUGGUCACUGAAUCAAUAAAGAAAUCAAAAUUAGUGAUAAAUCAAAAUCCCUAUGCAGUGAGCGCAGACGAGCAGAGAUAUGCAAAUAGGGAGGGGCUCAGUGCCACUCAUCCAAUCAGAUUCAAGGACCUGCAGCAUAACUGUUGAAGAACAUAAUAUAGCCUAUAAUAUAUAUAUAUAUAAUAUGCAUGCAGUAUAUUGUAAAUAUUAUAAUGAUCAUGGGUCUACAA